GUACCAAGAACUCGCUGGAGACGGGCCGCACCUUCGCUACCAUCUUCGCCGACAUGGACUUCCGGCAGCGGCUUCUGGAGGCCUCCAACGAAGAAGAGUUCAAACGUCUCAUCAUUAAGCACUCACAGGAACUAGCUGAGGAACAACAGAUGAGCAAUGACAAGCGUAUGGAGAUGAACCAUGAAAGAGCCGAUGAAUUUGAAUAUCAGGAAAAGCGGUGUUCGUUUGCGCGAGGUCUGCGAGAAGACCUGGAGCGACGCAUCCCCCACUACCUCUCCGACUACAAGGACGGCGUCAUAGGUCACAAGACGCUGCAGAAAGUCAUCUCCACAACCUUCUUCCUGUACUUCGCCUGCAUCCUGCCCGCCAUCGCCUUCGGGGUUCUCAACGACCACAACACACAUGGAAAAAUAGACGUCAAGAAGGUGAUAAUUGGGCAGGUGAUAGGUGGAGUCUUCUGGGGCUUGUUCUCUGGCCAGCCCCUUCUCAUCCAGCUCACCACUGCACCUCUUGCUAUAUACAUUAAGAUCAUAUAUUACAUCUGUGAUGACUUCAAGCUUAACUUCCACGCGAUGUACUGUGCGGUGGGGCUGUGGAACAGCUUCUUUUUGGUGAUGUAUUCAUUAUUUGAUGUGUCUCGCCUCAUGCGGUGGUCCACACGCUCCACAGAAGAGAUUUUUGCUCUCUUCAUCUCCAUUGCCUUCUGUAAUGACGCCUUCACUGCCGUCGGAAAAAAUUUUGAUGCCAACUACUACAGUCCGGCGUGUCAAGGCCUUACCAACAGCACCAAUUACACCUCAUAUACCAUAGGUACCCAGUCACCCUACACUAUCUUAGGCAACUCCUCAGAUAUUUACUCUACACCCAGCAUACCAGAAGGCAACAUGACCUUGACCCUUGUGCAAGAUGUAUGUACGAGGGAGAACUCCAUCCUCUACCUCUUGCUUAUGUUUGGCACACUCUGGCUUGGCGUGAUGCUCUACAACUUCAACAAGACACCGUACCUGAAUGCCAACAAGCGGGAGGCGCUAGCAGAUUAUGCUCUGCCCGUUGCAGUCAUUGUUUUAUCAUUUAUUGGGUCAUACGUCUUCCGCGACGUCAAGCUGGAACACUUCCGGUAUGACAACAGCUACGACAUGUUCAAAUUGCCCCCACUGGAAAUACUGCCAUACCCAGCGGUGUUCGCUACCAUGGGUAUGGGAUUCUCGCUCUCAAUGCUCUUCUUCAUGGACCAAAACAUCGGCUCUGCCAUGGUCAACAAUCCAUGCAACAAGCUCAAAAAAGGUCCAGCCUACCACUUGGACCUCUUAGUGGUAGCAUUAAUGAAUGGUUUCCUCUCCAUCUUCGCCUUACCAUGGAUGCAUGCAUGUCUACCACACUCACCUCUGCAUGUCCGGUCUCUAGCUGAUGUUGAAGAGAGGGUCGAGCAGGGACACGUCUAUGAAAUAAUCGUGAAGGUGCGGGAGACUCGCUUGACUGGACUCUUCUCCAAUAUCCUCAUCGGGUUAUCCAUCUUCUUGUUACCUUAUCCUCUGGCCUAUAUUCCAACAGCAGUGCUUGAUGGCCUCUUCCUUUAUAUGGCUGUUACUGCACUUAAUGGAAACCAAAUGUUUGAGCGUAUAUCACUGCUUUUUAUGGAACAGGCAGCAUAUCCACCUAAUCACUACAUCAGACGAGUCCCUCAGCGCAAAAUCCAUAAGUUCACAGGACUACAAGUUGUUCAGUUGCUAGUAAUGUGUUCCCUAGGGUUUGCUCCUUGGCCAUAUCUCAAGAUGAUGUUUCCAGUUGCCCUCCUCCUCCUCCUACCUAUCAGGCACAAGUUAGUUCCAUUGGUGAUCGAAGACAAGUACCUAGCAGCACUGGAUGGUGAGCACCAGUAAUACGACCAUCCUCAGCUCAUGUCUAAGUUCGUGUAAUCACAGUGAAGUUCUGUGAGUUAGGAGAACUUCACAUGGUUAUUAAGUUUGUGCGACCACCAUCAACUUCACACAGCCUGAGCAACCUCAUGUGACCUUCAUCUGUAAAUGACCUCACCAGCAGCAAAUAUGACCCAAAUGUUAAGGCAUCUGACACCAAUGCGAUCACAUGUUCUACACAUACAAUCAUUAUAUGGUUAGCCAACCUCAUAGUCAGUGAGUGUAGCUCACUAUUGCAUAAUCAGUUUGUAUGCAAUGCAUAGCCUGUUUUAGUAGCUAAUAAGUUUUAUGAAAAAUUUCAUGUGGGAUGACUAGAUAUUAAUAGGGAAUAUAUAUUCAUUAUAUUAUAAUAUA